AUGAAGUCGAACGCGCUUCUCGUAUUGGUCGUGUGCCUCUUCGCGGCCUUCGCAGCUGCCUGGACCAAAGAGGACCACGAGAUCUUCCGUGUCCGCGAUGAAGUUGCCAAAGCAGAGGGCAACAAUGUCACCUUCUACGACCUCCUCGGCGUCAAGCCCAGCGCAUCGCAGGACGAAUUGAACAAGGCGUACCGCAAGAAGUCUGCACGACUCCACCCCGACAAGGCCCGCCAGAACUUCAUCAACGAAUGGCAGAAGGCCCAGAAGAAGGCGGGCAAGACGGGCGCCAAGGGGCCAUCUAAGAAGGAAAUCGAUGCGCACGUCAAGAAGGUCACUCAAAGCUACCAGAGGCUCUCAGUCAUUGCCAACCUCCUCAAGGGUCCCGAGCGCCAGCGAUACGACCACUUCGUGAGGAAUGGCUUCCCAGCUUGGAGAGGCAGUGGCUACUACUACAACCGAUUCCGACCUGGCCUUAUGUCCGUGCUGUUCGGCUGUUUCGCCGUCUUUGGUGGAGGCAUGCACUACUUUGCCCUGCUCGUGGGCUGGAGGCGUCGCAGGGAGUUCGUUCAGCGCUACAUCCGCCAUGCGCGGAAGACUGCCUGGGGUGACGAGAGCGCUAUUCAAGGCAUCCCCGGCGUCGAACCUGUGAACACUCAGGAAUGGGAAGACAAGCCUGAGGAGAAGGAUCCCGCCGAGGAGCAGUUUGUCCCCAGGAACCGUCGCGAGAAACGCGCCAUGGACAAGGAGGCCACUAAGAAGGGCAAGAAGGUUCAGGCUGUACGAACUGCCCGCGCCACUGGCAUCAGCACUCCUGUCGAGGCUGAGCUUACUUCGGGACCUCAAGGAGCGAAGAAGCGCAUCGUCGCUGAGAACGGCAAGGUACUCAUUGUGGACUCUGUUGGCAACGUCUUCUUGGAAGAGCAGACUGAGGAUGGUGUGAAGGGAGAGUUCCUGCUUGACCCCACCAUCUUCGACACCGUUCUCUUCAAGCUCCCCAAAUUCGCCUACAACCAGUCCGUUGGCCGCGUCCUCGGAAAGAAGGAGCUUGUCGAUGAGCCCUUCCUUGAGUCAUCCGAUCUUCCUGAAGACGAAGAAGCUAUCCAGAGCGCUACUGCACAAAACCUCAACGGUGAGGCGAGGAGGCGCAAGAUUACGAGGGCGAGGAGCACCAGGUAG